UCCAGUCGCAGAACUACGAAACGGUCGCAACUAUUCAGUCGCAUCCAGACCCCGGGCUAAACAGAUAGCGGUGAUCGACAGUAUCGGAGUUUCAGCUCUGACGUUAUCAGCCUCUUGUGAUAUAAUGAUCUCGAUAAAAUUCACCUCCUCCAUCCGUUUAGCUUAUUUAGCCGCGGAUCGCUCAGGGGUGCAUUGCGGUCGAAAUGAAUUUAGCCUUAAGAUUAGUCCUGUGCGCUCUGGCGGCGGCCAGCGCCUCCGCUCUCUCAAUAUCCUUGAGACAAGACCCGGAGACACUAUGCGCGGGACAGGAGAACUUCCUUCGUAUAGCCAGCACCGAAGGCUGCAAGGCCUACUACCAAUGCUACGCCGGCCGAGCUUACCUGAUGGAAUGUCCCGAUGAAUCCUGGUUCGACGAACAGGAACAGGUGUGCGCUUGGACAGAUGCGCCAGCAAGCUGCCGGACCGACCCAGAACCUGAACCAGAGCCAGAACCUCAACCAGAACCAGAACCUGAACCUCAACCAGAACCUGAGCCAGAGCCAGAACCUCAACCAGAACCUGAACCAGAACCUGAGCCAGAGCCAGAACCUCAACCAGAACCUGAGCCAGAACCUCAACCAGAACCAGAGCCUGAGCCAGAACCUCAACCAGAACCAGAGCCAGAACCUCAACCAGAGCCUGAGCCAGAACCUCAACCAGAACCAGAGCCCGAGCCAGAACUUCAACCAGAACCAGAGCCCGAGCCAGAACCUCAACCAGAACCAGAACCUGAAACAGAACCUCAACCAGAACCUGAGCCAGAACCUCAACCAGAACCAGAGCCUGAAACAGAAGCGGAACCCCAACCACAGCCUGAACUAGAAUCCGAACAAGAAAAUGAGCUAGAAUCUGAAGACCAAGUGGAAGAUCCAGGCUCUGGUGAAGAUUGGGAAGCAGAUGCUGUCAUCAAAUUCUUGAAGGCGAGAUUACAAGACGAUACUGAAGAGAAGCUGAUCGAAGAAAUAGAGGAGCGACUCGACGAGGAUGAUCAUUAUCACCACCAUCACGGCCAUCAGCACCACCAUCACGAUGAUGGCGAAGAGGCACUUAGAUUAGAAGAAACAGAAGAGGGACUCGACGAGGAUGAACAUGACCACGAUCACCACCAUCAUCACGGCCAUGGCCAUGACGAUGAUGGUGAAGAGGCACUUAGAUUAGAAGAAACAGAAGAGGGACUCGACGAGGAUGAACAUGACCACGAUCACCACCAUCAUCACGGCCAUGGCCAUGACGAUGAUGGCGAAGAGGGACUUAGAUUAGAAGAAACAGAAGAGGGACACGACGAGGAUGACCAUCACGACCACGAACACGACGACGAACAUGACCAUGAGCACGAUCACGACCAUGACCACGCUUCCGAUCAAGAUCAUGCCCAUGAUGACGAUCACGACCGUGAUGACCUCGAUCACGAUCAUGACCACGAGCACGAUGAUGACCAUGAGCACGAUCACAACCACGAUGAUGGCGAAGACUAUGAACGCAACCACGCACUUAAAUUCCAGGAAGAGCUUGACGAGGAAUCUGAACAAGAAGAACUAGAGAGCUUAAUGCGUGCUCAAGAAGAAACUGAGGAUGUCAACGGUGAGGAACUACAGGAAGAGAUCGAAGAGGAGGUUAACGAGGAAGAAGCUCUAAAGAGGCAGGAAAAUGUAGAAGAUGAUGAUGAAGACGAGGAAGCUCCAAACAGGCAAGAAGAAGUUGAGGAAGAGGUUGAAGAAGAAGAAAGCCUAAGGAGGCAAGAAGAAGUGGAGAAUGAAGAAAACGAGGAAGAUCAGGAAGAAAAUCGCAAAAAGCGGUCAGCGCAAGAAGAAUUAGAAAAUGAAGAAGUUGAUGAUGAAGAAGACGAGGAACCUCUAAAGAGGCAAGAAGAGAUUGAGGAAGAGGUUGAAGAAGAAAGUCUAAGGAGGCAAGAAGAAGUGGAGAAUGAAGAAAACGAGGAAGAUCAGGAAGAAAAUCGCAAAAAGCGGUCAGCGCAAGAAGAAUUAGAAAAUGAAGAAGACGAGGAAGCUCUAAAGAGGCAAGAAGAGAUUGAGGAAGAGGUUGAAGAAGAAGAAAGUCUAAGGAGGCAAGAAGAAGUGGAGAAUGAAGAAAACGAGGAAGAUCAGCAACACGAAUUAGAAAAUUUAAAAAGGCAAGAAGAAGCCGAAAAUGAAGAAGAGGUCGAAGAUGCAAUCGAAGAUCAGGAAGAAAACCGCAAAAAGCGGUCAGCUCAAGAGGAAACAGAAGAUGAAGAGGUGGAGGAUGAGGAAGCCUUGAAGAGGCAAGAAGAGGUCGAAGAUGAUAUUGAAGAUCAGGAAGAAACUCGCAAGAAGCGGUCAGCGCAAGAGGAAACACAAGAUGGGGAAAUUGAAGACGAAGAAGUCUUAAAGAGACAAGAAGAUGUAGAUGAUGAAGUAGAUGAAGAAGCUCUAAAGAGGCAAGAAGAGGUUGAAGAUGAUAUUGAAGAUCAGGAAGAAACUCUCAAGAAGCGGUCAGCGCAAGAGGAAACGCAAGAUGAGGAAAUUGAAGACGAAGAAGUCUUAAAGAGACAAGAAGAUGGAGGCGAUGAAGAAGAUGAGGAAGCUUUAAAGAGGCAAGAAGAGGUCGAAGAUGAUAUUGAAGAUCAGGAAGAAACUCGCAAGAAGCGGUCAGCGCAAGAGGAAACACAAGAUGGGGAAAUUGAAGACGAAGAAGUCUUAAAGAGACAAGAAGAUGUAGAUGAUGAAGUAGAUGAAGAAGCUCUAAAGAGGCAAGAAGAGGUUGAAGAUGAUAUUGAAGAUCAGGAAGAAACUCGCAAGAAGCGGUCAGCGCAAGAGGAAACAGACGAUGAGGAAAUUGAAGAUGAAGAAGUCUUAAACAGACAAGAAGAAGACGAAGAUGUAGAAGAGACUGAAGACCAGGAAGAAAGCCGCAAGAAGCGGUCUAUCCUACAAUACGACGACGAACAAGACGAAGAAUGGCAGAGGGCACAAGAAGAAGCAAAUAUCCUCGAAAGCGACGAAGAGGAGGAAAUCAAGAGGCAAGAAGAAGUAAUAGAAGACAAUGAGAAUUUAGAAGAUUCUGAGGAAGGUUUCUUCCAACGCUUUUUCUUUUAAUUUCCUGGCCUUCAAAA